AUGAAAGAAAUUAUAUUAAAUUUAUAUUAUAAUUAUAUAUUUUAUAAGAUUAGUUUUAUUAAAAAUAGAUAUUAUAUUAUUUAUUCUAAAAUAUAUUUAACAAAAUUAGAUAUAAAAUAUAUAAUUAAAAAUAUAUUAAAAAAAGAUUAUAAUUUUAAUAAUAUUAAAAUUAAUUAUGUAAAUAUAAAAAAUAAUUAUAAAAAAUAUUGUAUAUUGAUUAAAUGA